AUGCGGGUCCAGCCAGAGACUUGGUCAACCUCUAUCCGGCACUACCGCUCGAGGCUUUGCUUGCUUUACCUGCUCUGGUCGCUCUCACCAUCCUAUACAAGCAGACAUGUCGUCCCGUCGAGCGAUGUCGACCUUACAGCGGGCCCACCAGUCUGCACCGCUCCUUCGCCGCUCGUUUCUAGCGCCGCCGGCACAACCGAGGGGACAGAUGUUUUGCGGGAAGGAGCGAGCGGACGUACGGAACGUUUGACGCGGCCCGCCGAUCAGCAAUCGCAGACAGUCCCCGUCACAGCGCCGUUCGAUCCGACUCUGGCGGACCUCCCCUGCCGUAGGGACGCCGCGCCCGCCAGCUCAUCCUCGUCAACCUACAUGCCAGUGAAAGGUUCGACCAGCCGAGACGCCAACACCUCGUCGGGAUGGCUCAUUACGCCGAGUCUGUCUGAAAAGCCGCCGGCCGUCUCGGCUGUCGUCAAGCCAGAUGCGGCGAGAAGCGAAGGGCCGCGCACGCCGCUGCGCCACUCCGACAAUGCGGGUCCCGAUACAGCCGUUGACGAAGCCAGCGCUGCGACGUGUGCAUCCGGUCCCGAACCUUCCGCCUCUGCAGCAACGCCUUCACCCUCGACGCGCCAUCGCCUCACACCGCUUCACGUCACGCUUCUCCAUCUACAUUUCCUUUACGCCACUCGCCUUAUCCUGCAUAUCGUCCGCAACUCCAUCGCUACCGCACUCAUCGCCAAUCCGCUUCCUCCUCCUUUCGCACCGGCGCCCACGUCCGCCUCUUUCGCCAAGCGCAUCGGACGACUUCGUUGGCGCAUCAGUACUAUCAAAAAACGUUGUGGAGCUAGCAUCCUUGCCUCGCUCACGGUGACAGGCGGUCUUCUCGCCUUUCUCGUCAAGGCUUGGUCGGAUGACUCAGGAGCGCGAGGCUGGAACGUCGUCGCCUGCGCUGGAUGGUACGGCGACCUGCGACUGGCGGAGGGUGUAGGAGCUGUGAAGGCAGGCGCUCGCGGCUGGGCGCCGUUGCGAAAUGUCGUCGUUCUCGAGCUCGUCAGCACUCUACUCCAAGCACUUCUCGCCAUCACGCCUCUCGUCGUCGGCCUCGGCUGGAUACCUUCCUCCAUCUCGGCCACCUUCCUCGUGCCUUCCUACACGUCCGCUACCUCGACUCAAGCAACACCCUUGUACCGCCUCCCGACCGACGAUUUCUUAUCGGCCAUUCUCUCGCCUUUCGCAACAAAUUUCUUGACCAACCUCCAAGUCCUGCAACUCGUCCUCGCCCGGCCGCCCUCGCACCGCUGGUUCAGCUUCUCGACCCUCAUUGUUCUGAACGCGAUUCUCUUGCCGCUUGAAGAACUCGCCGUCGUGCGGGAGAAGAAGGCGACCGAAGCGGAACGGGUCUGCAAGCUCGCCUCCGCCUUUCCGCGGCGCGCAGUUCGGGCCGAAGCAGCGGGUCGAGACGGCGAGGGUGAUGCGACCUGCCUCGUCUGCUUUGAAGGCGCUUUCGAGCCGGAGGGGACAGACGGUGGGGCGAAACAAGUAACCUUCACGACGGCCUUCCACGCCGCCUGCCUCGCUCGCUGGUUCGCCCUCGUCUCGACCUGUCCCGCCUGCCACCGCUCCGCCGUCUCGCCUCCUUCGACGACCUGCGCAUCCGACAGCGUCUCGACCGACACGGCAGCAGAAGGUAGCAACACGCAAGAGGAGCGGCCGCUCGAGUUGCCCUUCGCAGGGGCCACGAGCGAGAGGGACACGACGGACGAGUAUCCUGGCGCAGCAGCGAUGAGGCGGCGCGAGCAGCGGCGUGCGCAAGCUGCUCUUCUUGAAUAG